GUAUUCCCCGCACAAAAAAAGUUCUCAGUGUACUAGAGCUGGUAUCAACACAAUUUUUUUACCAUUGUGUAUUUGGUACAAAACUUUAAAAUUUUGUACAAGAAAGCGUAAUAUUGAGCUAGUCUUUGAGUUCCUUGCAACCGCCCUCGUCGUGACUACCAAACAUUCAAAGGUUAAUUGAUUUCAUUUGUCCAAUUUCUUGACAACAGAAUAAAUCCAGUAACACGCAACUUCCAACAUCAGUGGAAAGCCAUAGUAACCGUUAAUUUGUUUAUUUACAAAGAUUGAUUUAUUUUUCGCCUUUCAUCUUUUUAUGUGGCACUUUCUCGGAACCUUAUGAAAAUAUAGCAUUACAUGAAAAAAAUAUAUUGAAGUAACUCAAUUUUAAAUUUUUUUUUGCGACAGCUCGGUGUUUGGUUUUGAAUAAAUAACUUGCCAGUUCAUAAUGGAUGAUAUAUAAAACGCUAAGGGAAAAAUCAGGAAGCCGAGGGAAAAACGUCCUGCUACCAAAGCAACACAUCAGAAUGCCUGAAUGGAUAGAAGCGAAGCGGGGAAACAGCAGGCCUGCCGUAGAGUCAGCCGCGGUCGCAGCAGCGGAAACAGCAUUAGAGGCUGAACAGAGUGUAACGGAUCUGGUCAGCUCGUCCGGUGAAUCGUCUCCAUCGAAGAGUCUCAAGACGGUCGGCAGUACAGCGUGGGAUCACCAGUUUCCCAUGGAGGAGCUAAAGGAUGCCAGCAUUCAUCACACGGCAUUAAAACUAGCCGAGGAUAUCAAGUCAAUGAAAAUCUACGGCAGUCUGUAUAAGAUGGUUCAGAAGCUCGCCUGUUCGCCCGAGGUGGACAAGGAUGACAUGCGACACACUCUGGAAGCAGCCAUAAAAUCCAAUGGUCUUGAAACGGAAAUACGCAAUGUUAUCUAUCACCAGAUACGGAAUUCAUUGAAAAAUGACUCCAAACCCACACUGCCAUCUAGUGAUCCUUUGAACUAUCUUCGCCGGGCUGGUAUUCAAUGGGAGCGGCGCGUUCGUAAAUCGCUCAAUUCGAUGUGUUCCGAAUCGAAGGCACAGCUCCAAGGUCAAACGCGCAUCGCUACCGAUCGGGAGGAAAUUCUAGCCAAAUGGGACGAGCUUAGUAACUAUCAAAUUGACCUGACGAACUAUCGUCCGGUGUAUGCACCGAAAGAUCUGCUCGAUGUACUUCUCUCCCUGAAAGGCCCCGUUAAACAGGACGAAACAGAGUACAAACGAUACUUCCGCUUUUCAUCUGAGCAAAUCGCCAGCAAACUUAAUCUAAUUAAAUCGUUUUUCAGCUUCCUUCCAAAGUGGGAGUUUGCGCACAUUUCUCUUCCGGUGAAAAACCUUUUCGAACUGCGUGUCCAUUUCUCAGAACUUCUGCGCAACGACAACAGUAGCGGCUCAGCAGAUUGGGCCAUCACGUGUCAGAAGAUUUUAAAGACGCGACACGCCCCUUUGUGCCAGCAAGCGUUGAAGAAAGGCAUUACUCCAGCCCCGAUGCGAGGACCACUUUGGGCUUACGUCCUUGGAAGUCAAGUGGAAUCACAUGUAAGCCUAGUGCAUGAUCGGAUUGUUAGGUUCAGGGUACAUAUCGAACAUUGGGAGAGUUUGAAACAUAUUGUGCUUACCACUGAAUCCAUUGUGGACAAGCUAGUAUUCAAAGAUGUGCAACUGACGGCCACUAAUGAUGAUCGAUAUUUCGUGUUUGAAGAUGUUCUUUAUCAAAUCAUGCUUUGUUUUAGUCGAGAUGCUGAAAUUGGUCAAAUGAUACAAACAGAAUACAGCAACUCAGCAAAAUUAAAACAAUACGAAGGUCCGGCUUGCGGUUUUGUACCUUUCCACGGAAUAUGUAUGCUGGCGGCCCCGUUUUGCUAUCUCUACGAUAACCCAGUGUCGCUAUAUUUCACGUUUCGAGCAUUCUACAUUCGCUACUGCCAUAGAUUGACGACGAUCAACACCAAUUCCCAGGGGAUUAUAAGCUUAUGUCUACUUUUUGAGAAACUACUUCAGACUCACGAGCCGCAACUUUGGUCACAUUUUCGAGAACUGCAAAUUCAACCUAUUCGUGUUGUGUUUAAGUGGCUUAUGCGUGCCUUCAGUGGUCACCUUCCUCCGGAGCAACUGCUUAUCUUAUGGGACUUAAUUCUGGGCUAUGACAGCUUAGAAAUUUUGUCGCUCCUGGCGUUAAUAAUUAUGAGUUUCCGGCGAGAAAGCUUGAUGCAGGUAGUUACACUGGAGAACAUUGAAGCCAUUUUGUCGGAUCUCUCUUCUAUUAAAGUCCUGCCGUUAAUACAACUUACACUAUCGCGCGACUGAGUGCUGCGGAACUUUUUCAUGCUUGAGAACGAUUGAUAUCCAAUGGAAAAUUCAUUGAUGCAAUGAGCAGUUGUAGUAGUGCAAAAUCUGCAGGAUUCAAAUUAUUAGUAGUUGGUUUUGGCAAGAAAUAGCACUUUUUCAUACUUUACAGAUCUGUUUUGAUUAACAUUGUAUUUCGUACGAAUUAUAUCUUGGAUUCUUAAACUUCAACAGUGUCAUUUAAAAUCCCUACAGUUUUAACAUAGAAUCAGGUUCAAAAAAAUGAAAAAGUUCCAUAUUCGUUCAUUCAUCAACCAAAAGCAAAUAAUCAAUGGUACAAUAUACAGAAAUAUACAAUAAUGUGUUCU